AUCAGACGCUCCAUGCCAAUCGAGUGACCGAAACCACCAAAUGCCCGCCAUCAAAUUCUUCUUCGCGUCGGGCGCCUGCUCGCUGUGCCCCCACAUUCUUCUCCAUGAAGUCGCAGCCGAAUUCCAACCCUUGCAGGUCAUCAACCAUGGCCCCGAGGUGCGAUUCUCCGAGGAUUUCCACCGCAUCAAUCCCAAGAUGCGCGUGCCCGUGAUCGCCGUCGACGAGGAGGUCAUCACGGAGCUCCCCGCCGUGGCCACGAUUAUCGCCAGUCUCGCGCCCGAAAGACACCUAAUGGGCAAGAAUCCACUCGACACCGCCCGGGUUUACGAGUGGAUGAAUUAUCUCUCGGGGACUCUGCAUGCCGGGGGAUUUGGACACUUGUUUCGACCCGAGCGCUGGACGACUGCGACCGAUGGGGCGAGUCUGGAGGGAGUGAAGACGAAGGCGCGGGAGCGGGUGGUGGAGUGUUUCGAGUUCAUCGAGGGGAGAUUGCAGGGGAUCCACGCAGUCGGCGGUUACUUCACGGCGGUGGAUCCCUUUCUCUACGUGUUCUAUCGGUGGGGGACGAUGAUCGGUGAGGACAUGUCGGCGUAUCCCAAGUAUUCGGCGGUGGUGAGGAAUCUGGAGACGCGUCCUGCGGUUCAAACUACAAUAAAAAAGGAAAAGUUGUCGCUGAUAUUCGAAUGAAGGUGGGAAGAGAAGAGAAAGGGAUGUGGCUUUGUAUAAAAACCUCGUGUUUCAGUUUCCAUUUUAC